AUGAUGUCUGCAAAAGACAUGGUUAAAGUAAUGGUUGUCAUGUUCGCGGUUUGUUUUCUUGCAAGAUUGGAAGGGAAGUCUGUUAAGAAGAGAUCUGUGAGUGAAAUACAGCUUAUGCAUAACCUGGGCAAGCAUUUGAGCUCCAUGGAAAGAGUGGAAUGGCUGCGUAAGAAGUUGCAGGAUGUGCACAACUUUGUUGCUCUCGGAACUUCUAUAGCUUACAGAGAUGGUAGUUCCCAGAGACCCCGAAAAAAGGAAGACAAUGUCCUGGUUGAGAGCCAUCAAAAAAGUCUUGGAGAAGCAGACAAAGCUGAUGUGGAUGUAUUAAUUAAAACUAAACCCCAGUGA